UCAGUACUGAUUCAGCUACGAGCAAAGUAACAGCUUAGUAACUCAUUCACCAUGGAACGGAAAUAUUCGGUGGACAAGUGCCCGGCAAGCUAUGAUCGGUAUGAGUUCACUCUGCCCGAGCUGUACCGUAAAAUAGCGAAGGACGAGCUCCGGGAAGAUGACGAGAUACGUGAGCAAUCGUUGGCUCAGAUGCGUGACUGGAUCGCCAAACAUCCUUACAUCCGGAAGUGUCGUACGGAUGCGUCGUUUCUGUUGCGAUUCCUGCGCUUCCGGAAGUACUCGGUCCCGAUGGCUUGCGAAGCGCUGGAACGCUAUCUGGCCAUGCGUCAAACAUUCCCGGAGUGGUUCAAGCGGCUGGACUGCAACGAACCGGCCAUGAAAGAAAUGCUGCAGGAUGUUGUGUUUACCAAGUGUGGACAGGAUGCGGACGGUAGGACGGUGAUUUUGUUCCGGUUUGCACGAUUCAAUGUGGAAAAGUUCAGUGCGUUGCAGGAGGGACGCUUUACGGUGCUGCUGAUCGAGACGCUGCUCGAGUGGGAAGAGCUUCAGAUCGGUGGAUUCCGAGUGUUUGUGGACUAUACGGGCUCGGUGCUGAAGCAUUACGGCAUUUGGGGUAUAUCGGACAUGCGCAUCUUUAUGGAUGCGAUCAACCGAUCGUACCCGAUCCGGAUCCGGGAAAUUCAUGGCGCCAAGUUUCCAAAGUUUGCCCUCUCGCUGCUCAACCUGAUGCUAUCGUUUGCGAGCCCCAAGCUGAAGGAUCGCAUCAGAUGUCACGAUAGCGUCGAGGAGAUGGCGAAACAAUGUGAUCCUUCGCUGGUACCGAGUGAGUGGGGCGGCCAGUGUGAUCUGCAGGACUUAAAUCAACGGUUCGUGAAACACUUGGAAGGCCGGCGCGAGGUGAUGCUGGCCCUGGAUGAGAUGGACAUCGACACGGCACAUUAUACAUCACUGUGGCAGCAUGGCUCGGCGCCCGAGAGUGACAUAGACAGUGGGGCGAUGGGAAGCUUUCGAAAGCUCGGUGUGGAUUAAAAGCUCUUAGCUUGAUUUGCUUGGCUAUGGUGGGUUUGUUAAUUAUAAAUCUCAAUGCUUUUUUACAGCAAAAAUUGGCUACUAUCAGAUGACGAUAAUAAUUUUACAAGAUUUUUAAUCAACAUUCGAAUUACUAUCGUUUAUUUGUACUAAUAAAACGCAAUAAAAAAUAUGAAUUUUUAGCAUA